AUGCCCAGAGGGCUCUGGCGCUGGGGCCGCUGGGAUGCUCAUGAGGCAGUGCCAGCGCCUGAUCAACGCGAUUUCCAGCAUGCAUUGCAUGGGUCUCUGGUCUUGGUGCCCAGUGGGCGAGCAGAAAAGCACGCCUCUCUAGCAGCCUUUCUUGGCGCUCAGGCGUGGAGGCCGCGGCUUCCCUCAUCCUUCGAAGAGGUGGAGUACAUGAAGGUUGACUGCGACACCGGGAAAGUGAAAGGCUUCCUCUAUGGUCCACGUGGUCCUCCUGUGACCGAUCCCAGCAUGCUGCCAUAUGGGCAAUUGCCCGGCUGCUUACCAGGCGAAAAGCCGGAGUGCGAGCCGGACGACGACAAUCCAUUUUGUCAAGAGCCGCCUCCGCCUCCCCCUUCGCCUCCGCCUGCGGAUGGUUCCGCCGGCCCAGUCGCAGGGUUCACAGGAGCUGCUGGAGCAUUUGGUACACCCGAAGAGCCGAACGCUGCCGAACCGGCUGCCGAAGGAGCUGAGGCUGUAGACGCGGAUGCCCCACCAGACCAGCCGGCAGAGCCGCCGGUGCAGCCGCCGGGGCAGCCGCUGGGGCAGCCGGGGCAGCCGCAGGCGCAGCCGCAGGCUCCUGCUGCCCCUCUGCUAAGUGGACCUCCUUUGCCUGCUUUGCCACCCUUGCCACGAAAGAAGUGCAUCCCGGGCGAGGAGAUUCCGACACCCAUGGAGCCUUGUCAGAUCAAGCAAGGCCUUUGCUGCCACAAAUGCAGGAGCAGAGCAGACUGCAAACUGUGCUUGGAAUGGAAGGAGGUGCUUGGGCAGAUCCCCGUCGAUAUCGAUCGGAAGGGCUGGGCGCAGAACAUCUGCCCACCACCUUCCAACUCAGAGGAGGCAGACGAUCAGGACCUGGAGGAGGAGUAUCUGGUCUCCGACUGA